AUGAACAGCUUUCUCUAAGGUUAUUAGAGCACUGAGCACCUUUAAGGAGUGCAGAAAUCUGUGAAAGGAGGAGUUGGAGAAAAGGACACCGCUCCUUUUAGAGUCUGUGUAACAGAACUGAUAAGCUAUUCCUGUGAUGUGAUCGAAUGUGACUGAAUACUGCAGGCUCUUGGACUCUUAUUCUAUAAAAUCCACAUCAGAGCAGCACAGGAAAAGAUCGGAGGGAACAGCUUCUGCUGUACUGAGAAAGAUGCUGGAGAGCUCUUCAGUCCUUUUGUUCAUUGUCUUCGUCCUGCUUUUCAUUUUACUGCUCUUUGUGGUGCUCAUCAGGAAAAACGGCACUGCUGCCCUUAUCUGGAAUGAAAUAAUCCGGGAGAAAAUAACCAAUUUCAUCAUGAACCAGAGCAAAGAACAGAGGAUUUUAAAUUUUGUGCUGCAGAAUGCAGUCCGAGGAGACCCCUGUAGUGUGCUGGACACUAUAGAUAAGUACUGCUCCCAGAAAGAGUGGGCCAUGAAUGUGGGCGAUGAGAAAGGUUUAAUUCUAGACAAGACAGUGGAAGAGGUCAAUCCAUCAGUUGCACUGGAGCUGGGAACAUACUGCGGCUACUCAGCAGUUAGAAUUGCUCGGCUACUGAAGGCAGGAGCUCACCUUCUCUCUGUGGAGUUCAACCCAGAAUUUGCUGCUAUAGCUAAACAGAUGAUUGAGUUUGCUGGAGUACAAGAUAAGGUAAAACUCCUAGAAGGCCCUUCAGAGGAAAUUAUCCCCCAGCUGAAGAAAAAAUAUGAAGUGGAUACUCUGGAUUUUGUCUUCCUGGAUCACUGGAAAGACAGAUACACACCAGACACCAUCCUGCUUCAGGAAUGCAACUUGCUGAGGAAGGGCUCAGUUCUUCUGGCUGACAAUAUCAUCGUCCCAGGAGCUCCAGAAUUCGUUAACUAUAUCCGUAACAACCCCCGUUUCCAAUGCACUAACUACCCAUCUCAUCUGGAAUAUAUGAAGGUGGAGGAUGCUAUGGAAAAGGCUGUGUUUUUGGGAUAAAGAGAACCAUUAAUACUCAACCUUUGUUUCAAAUGACGUAAAUGCAGCUGCACAG